GGUUUUAUCACUCGAUUUGUCGGUAGUGCGGUGACCGCAGUCGCGCCGCGCGAUUGUCAAUUGUCGCCAUUGUGUCGAACGGGAGCCGAACGCACGGAGCUCGCGCGGUUCAUUCGCACGCGAUAACGUCGAAUUCACUUAACAAAUCUAAACAAACAACCGCGUUGAUCAAUGAAACACAUGUUAAAGUUAUCGUCUCAUAUAAAAUUCGUAUAAAGAUCUUCAGUGUUGAGUGCCGACGGAGCGGUUUCCUUCGAAACGUGGACCUAAAACAGCGAAGUGGAUUUAGAGCUACAUCAACGUGCCAGCGGUCACUUUAUGAGUGCCGCUGGCGCGAUGUGCGACCGGGCCGGCUUCGGGAGCUCGAUGGGACACUUUCCCAUGAGCCACAUGUCAGCGAUGGGCGCCAUAGGCACCAUGGGCUCGCUAUCCAUGAACGGGCAGCCGCAGCAGAAGAAAUCCCAGGAGGAACACAUAAAACGACCAAUGAACGCCUUCAUGGUUUGGUCUCGGUUGCAGAGGCGGAAAAUAGCUCAGGACAAUCCCAAGAUGCACAAUUCAGAAAUAUCAAAGAGAUUAGGAGCUGAAUGGAAACUCCUGACAGAAGACGAGAAAAGGCCGUUCAUCGAUGAAGCCAAACGUCUCAGGGCGAUGCACAUGAAGGAACAUCCAGAUUACAAGUACAGGCCGCGGAGGAAACCGAAGACUCUCAGGAAGGAGGGGUACCCGUACUCGAUACCGUAUCCCAGUGUGCCCAUGGACGCGCUCAGAGCGGGUAUGGCCGGUGGGGGCAUGGGUCAAGCGAUGGGAAGCUACUACGGCGCAGCUUACGGUCCGCUUGGAGCCAGCAUGGCGGCAGCCGCCGCAGCCGCUGCUCAGCAGAAUGCUAUUUCAGCAGCCUUGACCCCUAAUGCUCAGGUCAGUGCAUCGAUGGACAUGUCGAAAUACUCGAUAGAAGCUGAAAAAUACAGGAGUUACGGAAUGUACCCGGAUCCUUCACGAGGCUACCUGGAUUCGGCAGCCUUGUCCAAGGCCUACAUGUAUAUGGACCAGCAACAGCAGAGAUAUCCCGUGGACAUCAGCAAGAUGUACACGGAGGCUUCAGCCGCCAUGGCCGGGCUGAACUCUGUCAAUUCAGCUCCGUCCAGCCUAUCGCCCAGGUCUCCAGCAGAGUCUCCGGACAUGGCCAAAGCACAGGAAAGGACUGAAGGCAGUACAUCAUCAGGAUCGAAUCCGUCGCCAUCCCUGCCAUACUACCAAGGGUCAUCAAGUAUCCUGAUGCCGCAAUAUCCUGGCCAAUACGCCCAGAGCACCCAGGCGGGGGAGUUUCGGAGACCGUUGACUGUCAUAUUUUGACCAGACACUUAAUGUACUGACUGCUCAUGAUCAGUGUUGUUAUUUGUUUUUUGAGAUGUUGAAGUUGUUGUGCUUUUAUAGCGCUCAUGAUGACGUCAUAGCGAGAGAGCUUUUUUCAAAUGACGAAAAUCGAGUGUUUUUUUAUUGAUUGAAUCUCAUUUGAGGAUUUCAUAUGUAAUGUUAUUUUGUUUAAAAGUAACAUAUUAUGUGUAUGUAUGUGACAUGCUCACUCAUAAUUCAGACUGGAUGAAAAAAUAAUUUACUUGCACACACAAACAAAAAAACGCAUGAAUGUACCUUGUUAAUGUCAAACUAUUAGAUACGUCAAUGUCAACUGUUCAAAGACCAUAGAUUACGAUCGACCAUAGAUUAUUAUACUUUCGAAAGUUGAGAAUUUUGACUACUGUUAAUAUGUACUAUGUUAGAAUAAGUUUUAACUGUUUUGUUGGUGCGUUGUACAAAUUAUUAAUUGUUUUAGAGGUUCUAGUGGCACGGGCGGCUGUCGCAGUAAGUAUGUGUAGCGAUAUGUACAGAAUUUCAAAUUAGUUAUUUAAAUACAUAUAAUAAGAUUGUCUAUAUAGGUCAUUGUACUUUAAUAUCACCAAUGUUUAGUUGGUUUUAAACAUUUUUUUGUUAUAUUCAAACAUGAUCAGACAUACGAGUCGAGAUGUCUACUAAAUGGCCAGUUCUCGUUAAGGUUGCGACACACUUAUCGGCUGUAAAGUUUCGGCAUAGUACAUAUGAGCGUCAGGUUUUGGUCAAGACUUGCGUUCUGCUUCUAAUGGCGAUAAACCCAGUGAAGACCUUAGAGCAAAAUACGUUGUAGCUUAAAGUGAAACUACCGACCCAAUUAUCGGUGUAUAUAACCCUAAAAACAUAGAGCCUUUCUCGCUUAAUUUCAUGUAUAUUUCUUCGCUUCGAACUGUCUGGAUCCAUUAAACUGUAGGUAUAUUUGGACCAAAUUCCAUAAAUCCGGUCGCGCCAUAAGAUGGUGGUAGGACCUCAUGUGAGUCCGCACGGGUAGAUACCACCACCCCGCCUAUUUCUGCCGUGAAGCAGUAAUGCGUUACGGUUUGAAGGGUGGGGCAGCCGUUGUAACUAUACUGAGACCUUAGAACUUAUAUCUCAAGGUGGGUGGCGCAUUUGCGUUGUAAAUGUCUAUGGGCUCUAGUAACCACUUAGCACCAAGUGGGCUGUGAGCUCAUCCACUCAUCUAAGCAAUAAAAAAAAAAAGAUUUGCCGAAAAAGAACGGAAUUAUUUUUUUCUAAGACAUCAAUCUAGACUGCCAAUCAUCGUCAAAGAUAUGUUGAAGUUCCUUUUAUCUCUUUUAAUUCAAUGCUCAGUUUCCAAAAGCUAUAAAAUAAUGUCGUAAGUAAACUAACUGAUAACAGAAUAACGAUGUUCGACAUAUUAAUUAUUAUAAAAAGUUUCAGUGAAAUUUCAAAUGCAAAUAGUCAAUCUUUGUGUGUCCCGCAUUCGCUUAUCGCCGAUCCGGUGUGUUGGAACGAGACAGUAUCAGUCACUGUGAUUAGUCUUACUAUUAAUAUUGUUACAAGCAUCGAUAUAUAUAUGUAUGUAUGACAAUGGUUACAAAUUUACUAUCGUUUUUUUUCUUCUAUUACACGUAACGUUUAUUAUUCGUCGUCCUUGUGGCCUAAAGGAUAAGACGUCCGGUGCAUUCGUAUCUAGCGAUGCACCGGUGUUCGAAUCCCGCAGGCGGGUACCAAUUUUUCUAAUGAAAUACGUACUUAACAAAUGUUCACGAUUGACUUCCAUGGUGAAGGAAUAACAUCGUGUAAUAAAAACCAAACCCGCAAAAUUAUAAUUUGCGUGAUUACUGGUGGUAGGACCUCGUGUGAGUCCGCGCGUGUAGGUACCAACACCCUGCCUAUUUCUGCCGUGAAGCAGUAAUGCGUUUCGGUUUGAAGGGUGGGGCAGCCGUUGUAACUAUACUGAGACCUUAGAACUUAUAUCUCAAGGUAGGUGGCGCAUUUACGUUGUAGAUGUCUAUGGGCUCUAGUAACCACUUAAUACCAGGUGGGCUGUGAGCUCGUCCACCCAUCUAAGCAAUAAAAAAAGAACAGACCAAGUUCCAUUACACCUUAUCUAUGAGUCACGUUUGAUAUCUUCGUUGUUAAGCCAGUAUUGAUGUGCAAUCUCGGAAGGUUCAUAAAAUAAACAAUACAUUAGUUGGUACAAUGUCACACGUACCAGAUAUUUGAUGAUUCUGUUAUAUGAAUUUACUAUGUCAAAAUAAAUAAUAACGUAUUUGUAAAUCUUUAUUCCAGAAGGUUCUCAAUAAAACUUGUUUAAUACAAGUUGAGCGUCGAAAGAUUUUAAAUUAGGAACGAUUGUGAAAACGUAAGAAGUAUUUUAAUGUUGUACAAUAAUAUAGAUAAUACCUAUUUAAUUAGACGAAAAAUGUAAACAUCGAUCUGUCCAGCUCGCACACAGCAUAAAGGAGUGAAGAGCGAACGGGACAGGGUGAUGAUGGCCAACAAAAAAUAGUCCAAAACAAAACUACAACGAUUUAGGCUAUCGAAAUGUAAAUAUAGCACAUAGUAUUUAUAAUUAAAUUUAUAACGUCAAAAUUAUUCUUAAUUAACUUUAAUGCAAAUUGAAUAUAAUGGUUAUGUAAUUUUCUUCAAGUAUUUUACUUAAUCAGGUUUUUCACUAAAUCUCACGCCAUAGACACGAUUUCUUAAGUUGCACAUUACACGAUGUUUCCAUGUUCCAAAAUGUAUCUACCCCUUGAUAGGCACACGUUUUCAUACAGAUUUUCAACAGCCGAUAACGGUAAGGAAAGUCGAUGGAUUCUUCAUCCUCUUCUAACGCUCGCAGCAGAAGGAGAUGGAAAGCGUUUUAGCCAGACACGCCGUGUAAGAUAUUUUUGAUCCUACCUAUUCACUGGUAGCUUGGGGCUACCCAGCUACAUGUAGACUUGUGGGUGAUCUCACAGGGUUAAACUGAGAGAAUUUGCUAAUACUAGCCCUAGUAAGAGCAGUGCUUCGCUGAAUCUACCCCCGGAUCGAAAUUGCGACCCACUGAGAAGUUCCGGCGGGAAACUCAGUGGGCUGUGUCUAUGGAUGUAAGAUACACCACAGCUGACACAAUCUUAACACUGCCCUACAUUUUGACAAGUAAAAAAUCCAUCAUUAUAUAACACUUAAAAAAAUUAUUAAAAUAAUGUUUUUAUUUUAAACAUAUUAUAUUUUUCCUUUGUCGAUUAAAAUCUCUUAACCAAUCUCAGAGGCUUCAGAUACAAUUUGAUGUUAACGUGAAAUUUAUGAAAGAUUCAACUAGUUCACAUUUCUUCUGUAAUUAUAUAUCUUUAUUCGAAAUAUCCUGUAUUCAAAUAAUCGCUACGAUAAACCACAAAAUUGUUUUAUAUUCAGUCAUGUACCAACUUUAAAAUUAAUUAACAUUGAACGCGAUCACGAUAAUUCACUAUGGUGUACCCGUCAUGACUUACGCGAGUGUGGUGUUCGCUCACGCGGCCCGCACACACAUAGACACCCUUCAAUCCCUACAAUCCCGCUUUUGCAGGUUAGCUGUCGGGGCUCCGUGGUUCGUGAGGAACGUUGACCUACACGACGACCUGGGCCUCGAAUCAAUUCGGAAAUACAUGAAGUCAGCGUCGGAACGAUACUUCGAUAAGGCUAUGCGUCAUGAUAAUCGCCUUAUCGUUGCCGCCGCUGACUACUCCCCGAAUCCUGAUCAUGCAGGAGCCAGUCACCGUCGACGCCCUAGACACGUCCUUACGGAUCCAUCAGAUCCAAUAACCUUUGCAUUAGAUGCCUUCAGCUCUAAUACUAGGGGCAGGCUUAGGGACCCCGGUAACCGUACUCGUCGAACUCGACAAAGAGGUCGACGUGCAACCUAACCCAUGCAUCAGCCCGCUGAGUUUCUCGCCGGAUCUUCUCAGCGGGUCGCGAUUCCGAUCCGGUAGUAGAUUCAUUCGCGAAACAAUUGCUCUUGAGUUGUUAGGUCUCCUUCGGAGGCGCUCGGGCAGUUGUUAGCAAAUCCCACCCCUCUUGGCUGAGCCUUUGCUCGCCCACCUGUCCUGGUGAAACUGGAAAGGCCUUCGGGCCACCAGUAAACUUUCAAUCAUAAAAAAAAAAAAAAAAAAAAAAAAACUAUGGUGUAAUUUAAUAUGGACUUCAAUUUAUCGAUUUAUUCCACGCCAAAGAACGCCAUUAUAUCGUUCAUUCUUUUUAAAUUUAAAUUUCGGGUGGUUAACGAAAAGCUUACAUCAGUCUUAUCGCGACCACGGUCAAGGUAGCACGAACGGAAUGUUAUAAUAGAUUUAAAUGACUAUAAUAGCACUUUUUUUUUGUAAAUCGGAAUGUAAUGAUUUGAAUCGUGUUUUUUUGUAAUUUAAUCACAUUCAUUUUAAUUUUUUUGAACACUUUUAAAUAAGAAGCCAUAAUACGUAGACACCAGUGCAUUUAUUUUGUUGCCAUAAAAAUAACCUUUAUAAAAAUUUACGAAAACGUUUUUAGCCAAUUUCAGAUUUAGUACCUAUAAGGAAUAAUUGUAAUUUAUGUAAUAAUUAAAUGUGUAAAUUAACAAGACAUGUAAAAAAUUACUUGUAAAAUUAGAAAUUUUAUUGAAACUAAACAUUAUGCGUAAUUAAAACUCAUUGAUUAAAAAGUAAUUAAA